AUGGCCAUUGCGCGGUGGCUCAACCGCACUGUGGGCUUCUUUGUCUUCUUUUUCCUCGACAUUUUCGAUUUCUUGCUUUGUUAUACUUACAAAACAUUAGAUUACUUCUACGAAUCCGAAUGGAAACCUUGUUAUUGUUCUUCUCCACCAAAGGCUCAAGCCAAGACCGAGAAGAUCAUUGUGUCGGAACGAGGAGAGUACUCAAAGGUUGUGUCUAUGACAAGAACAAAGAUACAUUUCGAUGAGAUCUCGGACACGCUUUACUCACGUGGUCCUUCGCUUCUAACUAGGCUCUCUAAGCUCGUGAAGUCCGUGAAAUGCUUCGGUUUGAUCAUGAGACGCAAUGUGGUUGAAUCUUGUGAUCAUCAUGAUCAUGAGUCUAAGAAGAAGAUUUGUAAUGGUAAUAAAAAGAGAUUAGUGACUUUGAAUUCUACGGUCGUUGAGAAAUCUCCGACUACACCAAGAUGGUCGGAUUGUCAUUGCAGCUUUUGCAGUUCUUGGCUUUCUUCUUCCAAGAAAGAUUCUCUCUUUGUCAAAGUUCAACAGCCCAAAGAUAACAAGAAGGCUCGAGACAACGUUGUGUUUAUACAUGGUUUCUUAUCAUCAUCUGCGUUCUGGACGGAGUCUCUCUUCCCAAACUUCUCUGAUUCGGCUAAAUCAAAUUACAGGCUAAUCGCGGUCGAUCUUUUGGGCUACGGAAAAAGUCCCAAGCCAAACGACUCGUUAUAUACAUUAAGAGAACAUUUAGAGAUGAUCGAGAAAUCGGUGAUCUCUCGGUUCAAACUCAAAACGUUCCACAUAGUAGCUCACUCCUUAGGCUGCGUUUUGGCUCUUGCACUCGCCGUUAAACAUCCAGGAGCUAUCAAAUCCCUCACUCUAUUGGCUCCUCCAUAUUACAAGGUUCCAAAGGGAGUACAAGCGGCACAAUACGUUAUGAGGAAAGUGGCUCCUAAGAACGUUUGGCCACCGAUGCAGUUUGGUGCAUCACUGAUUAGCUGGUACGAGCACCUUGGCCGCACCGUUUGCCUUGUCCUCUGCAAAAAUCAUCACUUGGUUGAGUCCUUCACUCGUCUCCUUACCCUAAACAGGAUGCGAACGUAUUUGAUAGAAGGAUUUUUGUGUCACACACACAAUGGGUCGUGGCACACAUUACACAACAUCAUCUUCGGGUCAGGAGCCAAGCUCGAGUCGUAUCUUGACCAUGUCCGUGACCACGCCCACUGUGACGUCACCAUCUUCCACGGUGGCAAGGACGAGGUCAUCCCCGUCGAGUGUAGCUACAGUGUUCAGACCAAAGUGCCACGUGCCACUGUCCACGUCAUCCCCGACAAAGACCACAUAACCAUUGUCGUCGGCCGACAAAAAGAAUUUGCUCGAGAGCUUGAGCUCAUUUGGCAAAGAUCUUCUAAAACUAAUUACAUUAUCAAGUGA